CCCAGUUAUCCGUGGCUUAGAUCCGCUUGUUACCUGUUUCUACGUUGUUGCUGCUAUUGAAUGUAGUAUAAGUUAACAAAAUUUAUCAGAAAUAAUUAUCGAAUAGUUAUCUAUAGAUAAGUGUUGAUCAACUACAAGAUCUACAGGAGGAAUUUGUACUUGCGGUUUACCGCGCAGGUAAAGUGAGAAUACGGUAGAUCGAUCCAAAGCACGAGAAGAAAACAUUUUGUUCUUCAAAGAUAAACAAACCGGUCAAAGACCGAAGAAUUUACAAUGGCGGCUACAAGCUGCGUUUUGAUGGAUAGAGGUAAUAAUACGACAUGUACAAUAAAUUUGCACGGUGCCACUGUAGUCUCUUGGAGAGUGAACAAUCAAGAGCAACUUUUUGUGAGUAAAGAAGCCAUAUUUGAUGGCAAAAAAGCUAUCAGAGGUGGUAUACCAUUUGUUUUCCCACAAUUUGGGGAAUGGCCCUUGGGACCUCAACAUGGCUUUGGGAGAAUUAUGCGCUGGAAUUUGGAGAAAGCCCCAGAGAGAAUGGCUAGUGGAGAUAUAGAAGUGGUAUUUUCACUAUCAGACAGCCCAUUUACAAGGAAUAUGUGGAAUUAUCAAUUUCGGCUUACAUAUAGGUUGAUUUUGAGAGAAAAAGAGCUUCAUUUUAAUGUAAAUGUAUUCAAUACUAACAAAGAGGCUUCAUUUUAUUUUACCCUCUUAUUACACACGUACUUUAAAGUUCCUGAUGUGCGUCGUUGCCAGAUAACUGGACUUUCUGGUUGCACAUACGUCGACAAAUUGCGUGACUGUAACAUUUACCAUGAAAACCGUGAUGCUGUAGUUGUAACUGAGCAAACAGACAGGAUCUACAGGAAUACAUCACAAGAGCAUAUUAUUACGAAUGUGGUAUCUGGGCGUAAAAUGCGCAUACAAAAAUAUAAUUUUCCAGACACAGUAGUUUGGAAUCCUUGGGCUGAGAAGGCAAAAGAACUGCCUGAUUUUGGACCUGAAGAGUGGCCAAACAUGUUAUGUGUGGAGGCAGGUAGAGUGACACAUCCUAUAGUACUUCAACCAGGUACUGCUUUUGAAGCAAGCCAAAGUCUUCAAGUUAUGUAAUAACUGAGUGGAUUUUCUUUAUGGUAUUCUUAAAAAAUUGUUUUCGGUAAAAUUGACAUUGCUUGAGUUUGAUGCAGGAAUCUUACAUGUACAUGGAAAAGAUGGUUUCAAAGUUAUUUGGGAGAAAAAUUUCAAUGGAAUGAUGUUUUUGUACCAUUACUUAUUGUUUUAUGUUCUCUCUAAAGAUUUGAAUUUAUUUUUAUGAUUGAGCAUACUAUUUUUAGGUAGAAGGAGUGUUUUUUGACACUUCUUAUUGCAUUGUCAUGAUGACUAUUUUCAAAUAAUAUAUAUAUUCAAUCUAUACUUUGGGUAAUAAAAUAGAAGUUUUUAUUUCAUCUCAAGCUCAGGUGAUUUUGAGUUUUUUCAGUAUGCAAAUUUUUUCUGGGCAUGAGAUGUAAUAAUCUAAAAUAAAGAUGCCUUAAUAAUUUCAUAUCUGUGAAGGUGGCAUUUUUUUUUCAUUUUGUAAUUGAGGAGAGAAUGUUUCAAUAUUUGACCAGUUGGAAAAUUGAUGUGCAUAUUUUUGUUUCUUACUAUAGUGGAGCUUAUCAGUUCAGUUUAUAAUAAUGGUGUACUGCCGGAGUACUCCUACUGUUAUUUUAUCUUGAUAACAUUGGAUAGAUAGAUUUCUUCUUGUUGAUGAGUCUAAUUCAUCUUAAAGUAUUAGUUAAAUCAAUAAUUAAAUUAAUGUUUGAAGGUAACAAUAUUCGAAAACUUCAUGUGUUGAGAUCACCUUGGUGAUAUCCCCUUGAGUUUUGGUCUGAAUUAGUUCCUAUUCGUGGUUACUACACUCCUAGAGUAUGUGUAGCUACAUAUACGUUGCCAAUCAGAUAAUCAUAAUUUUCUAUAACCUAGAUGAUGAUAGUGAAUUUAUUGAUAGGUUCAUUGAUAAUCAAAGAUUUGAUAAUAAUUGAAGUUAUAUCUACUUAUACAGUGAAUUGUCUAGUGUACUAUACUAUUUCCCAAUGUGUUGAAUUUUAUCGAAAACAAUUUUUUGAAGUAUUGAAGAAUUAUCGUGUAUGCCAUUCCAUAAUUUGUAACAGUUUUUGAAAGAUAUUUGAAGUGUUCAAUUGAUAUUUUGUAUCUGAUUGCUUGUGGUUUUUAAUACUCUACUUUUCAGAACAAGCUUGUAUCAUAUAUGAUUUUACUUAUUGAUUUUUGUGCAAUAGAAUAUUAUUUAUAUGAAAUGAUUUUUCUGAUGAUAUAUGAGGAACAGCUUUUAAAAUAAAUAAUUAGAAAAUUUG